GAAUUUUUUCUCUUUUAUUUUGAGCCACAAAACAAAACCAAUUCAUUUUCCCCCAAUUCUUCUCUCCAUCUAGGUAUACAGAUUCAGUAUUCAAAUUACUCAAAUUCAAAACCUUCAAGACCAAAAAUGAAUGGCGGAGAUGAAGAAAAGGGUUUAAUAUGGAAGCUACCAAUAGUUAAAUCAAAGCAUUUAGGAAAAAUCGGACCUGGUUUUGGAAUCGGCGUUGGCUGUGGUUUCGGUCUCGGAAUUGGUCUUAUCGGAGGCACUGGUUUUGGUCCCGGACUUCCUGGAUUGCAGCUAGGUUUUGGAUUAGGUGCUGGUUGUGGAAUUGGAGUAGGUUUUGGUUAUGCAGUUGGUAGAGGUUAUGGUUAUGAUGAUAGCCGGAGAUACACUAAUGUCGGUAACGUUCUCAAUCGGCCGGCGAGUUUUCCGAAUCACGAUGAAGUAGGUCAAUUGAUUGAUGAAAUUGUUACGAAUACUAAGAAAUUGAUCAAAACAACUACACAAGAGUUAGAUAAAUGGAGAAGAGCUUAACUGUGUGCUGUUAUGGGUUGAGGUUUUCUCUUAAUUGGUGAAUCGAUAAUCCAGUAGUAAAUUAAAUAAUUAGAUUUAUAUAAUAUUAUUUUGUAUAUAAAGUCCUUGACUUACAGUCUGAUUUCCUACUUUAUUUCUGAUUGUCUCGAUUAUUUUACAAUGUAAAGUUGUUUGCUUUUAAACUAGAUGUAACUUGUGAACUCAUUUGCAUGGUUCAUUUGGUUUGUCA